AUGAAGCUGUUUUCGCUGCCCAAAACAGCUCUGGCUGUUCUGGCUGCUGUCACAGCCACCGCAUCUGCGACCAGAGGCCCAAGCAUACCGCCGACGCAGGUUGACCAAUCCAUCGUGAUCAACCUGGGUUAUGCCCAGUAUAAUCCCCGUCUGACCAUACUUGCCGAUUCCAGUUAUCUGUUCUCCAAUGUCCGAUACGGCAGCCUCCCAGUCAAGCCAGACGGCCAGAUCAUGAGCUUCUCGAGAGCACAGAUCCCGAAAGGAAAUGGCGAGUUGUUUGACGGCACUGACGAUGUCAUCUGCCCUCAGGCCUGGUCCGAGGAGGAGACAUAUGAACCUCUGACGCCCAAUGAUCAGCCAUUUCGUGAGAGCGAGGACUGUCUUUUCCUGGAUAUAUGGGUUCCCGGGCCUGCAAUGGAUGCGCUUCGCCAGGAACCCCCUUUAAGCAUCAGACCUGUUACUGUCUGGUUCCACGAAGCUCCUUGGUAUCGUCAUGGUUCGAAAUAUGACAAGCCACUGCGAAUUGUCACCAACCACCUGCCGCGUGACGAUGCGCCAAUCCUCGUGUCUGUCAAUUACCGGCUCGGCAUGUUCGGUUUCUCCAACGCUCCAAAUGUGACCAGAAACCUGGGUCUCUGGGAUCAGCACCGUGCCCUCGAAUGGGUCCAGCAGUACAUACACUUGUUUGGAGGCGACAAGAGUCUGGUCACCCUCAUGGGCCAGUUCUCUGGGGCAGGCAGUGUCUUGCACCAUCUGACUGCCUGGGCUGGCGAGAAACAGGACCAGCAUUUCUCAUCAGCCGUAAUGAUCAGCCCAACGCUCUACUACCCUCCAUCCCGCCUGACUUCGAAAAUGCUGGAGAAACACAUUCUUCACAAGGCCACCUUCUACACCGGCGAACCAAUCAAGAGUUUCGAGGAUCUUCGGCAGUCCAAUACUGACGAGACGAGAGCGAUCAACCUCCGUGUCGUUGAAGAAUACCCCAAAUAUUUCGUGCCGGCGGUUGAUGGCUCCCUUGUCCCAGCGAACCCACUUGUCAUGCUGAGAAAGGGCCUCUUCGACCACAAUGUCAAGGUCAUGGUCGGAAAUGAUGACAGGAACAGCGCAUGGGAGGUUGGAGAUGUGAACUCUUACAACAUCACCAAGAGGCUCAGGGAAUGGUUUCCACGCAUGUCUUACGCAUCCGCCCACCACGUCAUGCACAAGCUAUACCCUGGCGACACCGUGCUGUUUGAUGAGUCUUACGGUACACCACAGGAGCGGCUGCAAAGGAUCCUGCACGAUGCUUUCACGGCCUGUAACGGUGUCGUGCUGGCCCAAAACAACCCAGACAACGUCUGGAAGUGGUCUUCCAAGAAGGAGCGUAUCUUCGAGCCCGGCAGACCAUUCCGCCUCGCGCACGAAGGGGAGUCGCUCUUCGACGUGGCAACUCCCGCAGGCACUCGAAAUGGUACGGUUAUCGACGGGCCUACUGCUGAACUGUACAUCGCCCACUUUCUGUCAACGGGCGAUCCGAACUGGGCCAUACGAUCUGACAGGCCGGUCUGGGAAAAGUACGGUGUUGGCAAGAGAGAAAUGCGCUUUGGUCUCACAAAGGUCUACUCUCAGCAGGCUAUCUCUGAGACACAGCUUGAACGCUGUAAAUGGUGGGCUGAGGAACAGUAUCAGCCUCUGCAGCACCGCACGAGCACUCUAAAGAUGCCUGGUGCUGGUCCGGGCCACGUCCCCCGUUCCAAGGCGACGACACUGGGUCGGAAGUUGGAGGGCUGCCUUGCAUUACCAGUCUUCGUUGCUAUUCUUAUGGCGUUGUACUGA